GAACCUAACGAAUAUGAGACGUAACAAUAAUUACCCAUACCAACCGUUAAAUCAAAAUCCCAGCCCUCUGGGCCAUGAUUCGUUGGAGGAGGAAAAUGAACGGGCGGCCGAAGAGCUAAAGCAGAAAAUUGGUGCCCUCAAAUCCCUAACCAUAGAUAUAGGAAAUGAAGUACGAUAUCAAGAUAAAUUGCUACGUGGUAUUGAUGAUGAUAUGGAUCGAACACAGGGAUUUCUGGGCAAUACAAUGAACAGGGUAGUAAGACUGGCUAAGAAUGGUGGUAGCCGUCACAUGUGUUAUAUGUUUUUAUUUGUACUAUUUGUCUUCCUUCUGUUGUAUGUUGUUUUAAAGCUUAAGUAG